AAAAACUAAUGAGUCUACCUGCAGACUCAACCUUUUCUGUCAAAUUUUAAUUAACAGCUGUAAUUAAAGCGACUUGAUGGAUAAUCAAGUCGCAGCGUUCUGGAAUUUUAAUCAUCAAUGUAUUGGCAAAUUUGGUGACUGUCUAUUGUUAUUAAGAUCAUUAUUCUAGACCCGAAUUAUUCUUUUUAAACUGUGAUUGAUGACUCAUAAGGAAUCUUGAAACAAAAGAAAAAUAAUUAUAGUGACCAAAUUUACAACGAUUCUAACAAAUUAGUCACAUUUUUAACCCGUUAUGAAAUAAUUGUAUGCACCUGAUGUCAAUGCUUCCUCAUUAUUGUGUCAGUAUAGUUGUUUUCUGUGGCUCACGUGAAGCUCCAUUUUCUCUUAUUCAUCUCAUUGAAAGGUAACUCUUCAUCUGUAAUCCAUCUAUUCGUCUAAUUACUCAUCUUUAUUGGUUCCGUGAUAUAAGGAGACAAAAUCACCAUUACUAGACUUACGAGAUGAGUUUAAAAUCUUUUGGCAAAGCUCUUGUUCGGCGAAAAAAGAUAGAUGACAACCAAGGACCAAGUACAUUGAACCGAUGUUUAGGAACAUUGGAUUUAACUGCCUUAGGUAUUGGAAGUACCUUAGGGUUGGGAAUGUAUGUGAUAGCUGGAAAGGUUGCGAGUACAGAAGCUGGUCCAGCAGUGGUUUUAUCAUUUUUCUUUGCUGCUUUGGCUUCCGUUUUUGCUGGAUUUUGUUAUGCCGAAUUCGGUGCUAGAGUUCCAAGAGCGGGGUCAGCUUAUAUCUACAGUUAUGUCACUGUCGGGGAAUUUACGGCAUUUGUGAUUGGUUGGAAUUUGAUACUCGAAUAUGUGAUUGGUACAGCUUCAGUCGCAAGAGGAUAUAGUGGAUACUUGGAUUCUCUUUUCAAUGGAACAAUAGCGCACCAUUUUCAAGAAUGGAUGCCCAUUGGAAUAUCUCAUAUAUCAGCUUAUCCUGAUCUCUUAGCGUUUGGGAUAACAUUACUCUUAACAAUUAUGCUCGCAAUCGGAGUGAAAGAAUCGACUAGAUUCAAUUCCGUAUUUACUUUGGUUAAUUUAACUAUUGUCAUAUUUGUGAUCGUUUGUGGAUCAUUUAAAGUUGAUUUCAAAAAUUGGAAAAUUCCUGAAUCAUCUGUUCCAAGUGGAAGUGGUACUGGUGGAUUUUUACCUUUUGGUUUUUCAGGUGUUAUGAAAGGAGCUGCCACUUGUUUUUAUAGUUUUGUCGGUUUUGAUAUCAUUGCUACAACCGGGGAAGAAGUACGAAAUCCACAAAAGGCUAUACCAAUCAGUAUUGUUGCCUCUCUCUUUGUCAGUUUUCUCGCCUACUUUGGUGUUUCAAGCAUUCAAACUCUAAUGUGGCCUUAUUACGACUUGAAUCAAUCUGCUCCACUACCCUAUGUUUUUGAUCAAACUGGCUUCCACUUCGCCAAAUGGAUAAUUACGAUUGGUGCUCUUGCUGGGUUGUCAACCAGUUUGAUGGGAGCCAUGUUUCCACUACCAAGAAUACUCUAUGCAAUGGCCAGUGAUGGACUUAUUUUCAGAAGUCUUGCCAAUGUUAACACAAAAACCCAAACUCCUCUCUUAGCUACCAUAAUUUCAGGUAUUUUUUCAGGAUCUAUGGCUGCUCUUUUUGACGUUAGUGAACUCGCAGAUAUGAUGUCAAUAGGCACUCUUCUUGCCUACACUCUCGUCGCAGUGGCCAUUCUCAUUCUAAGACAUGAAAGUGGAAGUGAAACUUCUGAUUCUAAUCCUGUUACAUCAAGUUCACAAGAGGCACUCUUUAACCAAGACUCUAUACCAGAAUCAUCAAAUCAACUUCGUUCUGUUGGAGUAACUCGAAUAACUGGAAAUUUUUUUCGAAGUUUAUUCAAUCUUGAAAAGUUGAAUAAACCUGAUGCACAAACUUCAUUUUUCAGCAAACUUUUAAUACUAUCAAUUUGUAUCAAUGUUCUUAUAUUGGACUUAUUGUUAGUAGUUUUUGAGAAGAAACUCACACAUUUGGAAACCAUUCCUUUAAUAUUUACUGGACUAUCGAUAUUUUAUCUUUUUAUUUUAAUUACUGCCCUUUGUCGACAACCCAGAAGUUCAACUACCAUUUCCUUCCAAGUUCCAUGGGUUCCCUUCAUACCAAUUCUUUCAAUUUUCAUCAAUACCUAUCUAAUGAUGAAACUUCCACCAGUAACUUGGGUUCGUUUUGCAGUUUGGAUGACAAUUGGCUUAGCGAUUUAUCUAUUGUACGCAUUAAAAAACAGCACUGGAUAUUUAUCCUACUCUGAACGAUGCCAAGUUUUGGGAAUCAAUGAAACUACUGAUGGCGAUUACAGCGAAUCAAGGCCUAAUUCACCCGAUCGAGAGGAACGUCCACUUCUCUCUUAAUUAUAACAAAUUUACUAUUAUUUUAAAUACGUAAAUGCUAUUCUUAUAAGUGAGAUUAACAACGGAUACCUGUAAAUACGAAACAAAAAAAGAUAUUACUUACAAAGUGAUAAUAAACAGAUAGGACUACAAUUUAAAAUUUAA